AUGAAAGAAGGAUUUAUAUUACUGAAAACCCCUGUUAAGAUUGCAUUAGCAUUAAAGAAUGAGAGAAUAGAUUUGCUACUAGAUGAUGAGUACUUUGAGCAAUAUCAACAAUUGGCUUUCGGUAAAAUUAACAAUAAUAGUAAAAACAAUAAUAAUGACUCAAAUAAGUAUGUCUUUGAUUUUGAGAGUAAUUGCGUUAUUGAGAGAGAUUAUUAGCUUGAUGACAAAGAGGAAUUCGGUUCUUCAAAUUCAUCAGACAUAGAUCCAACAGAGAGUAAGCCUCCAACAUUCUCAAGCUUUGAUUAAUUCUUUGCUUUCCCACCAUAAAAUCAAGUUGAGCAAAAGUAGCAAUUAUAAGCAAAUUAAAAUAGAUAGCCUCCAGUGAAAAGAGCAUUAAGACUUUCACAGAUUGGCGAUCUUCUAUAACUCGAGCCAGUGAACUACAAUGAUAAUCCGUUUUAACGAUAAUCCUCGGGAAACUCUACUGAAGAUCAAUCACCAAUCAAUGACUAAUUUAACUAGAGUAAUAAUAACUUCUGUAAUAGCUAAUUCAGGGAGUAACAAUAAUCUAUCUUGAGCCCAAACAGCAGCAUGAUGAGAGGAAUGAACCUUUUUAAUUACAAUUAAACCCUUAAUAUGACUUCUCCCAAGGCUCUAUCGACUGAGCAUUUCAAUUAAAUUCUUCCAAUUAAUCAAGGAAACAUUUAGCAUUCGAUGUAAUACAUUGUAGGCCAAAUAGAAGGAAAAUAAGCUAGCUAUUACUUAGAGCGAGAGUAAUAAACGAAGUUAAAAGAGACCUAAAACAAAAAGAUAAACGAUGUCUUUGGGCAAAUGUUCUAGAUGUAGCUAUCUAAACAAUGA